AUGGAUCCUACUCCGACUGUGAGAGAUGAGCAGCAUGCUAGGCGAGAGCCAAGCACUUCAAGUCUAGCCAGUGUCGCUUCAUCCCACGCCUCCAUUAAUCUACCAUCCUCUCACCGCCAAAGCUUUGCCGAAAAUCUGAGAAACAUGCCCCCAUCUCCCCGAUCCCAGCGGCAUCCGUCUUUCACCGGAGUGCCUCCAAUCGCUAUCCAAGACUUGCUAAGCAUGCCGCCCUCGAGUAAGUCAGCAGACCCACGCUUUGCCGGUCGUGACUGGCGUGAUAUACUCGUUGGCGAGUUGGUGUCGCACAGCGAUGUGCGAUGGGUAACGGCGGAUACGAGCGUUGAGGAUGCCACUCUAGCCCUUGUCAAAGACAAUGCUGAAAACGUUGUUUUGGUGCGCAGUGCCGACCAUGAUCAGGGUCAGCAACCCGUGACGACAUUCGAUUUCAAUGAUCUUAACACAUACCUCCUCGUCGUCAUAGGGCUAGCGAAGCCAGAAGAGAACAAUAUAGCCCUGUACGAUGAGAUUGCGAUCAAAGCCCGUGACGGUUCCGUUAUCCCUCUCUGCGAUAUUCAGUCAAUGUGCCGAAAACAAUCCCUGGUUACCCUUUGCUCUACCGACAAACUUGGCCGGGCGAUCGAAAUCCUUGGUAGCGGUGUACACCGGGUCUUGGUCUCCGACGAGUCGGGCGCAAUCAUUGGUAUAUUAAGCCAGCUUAAGCUAAUAGAAUUUUUCUGGUCGGAAGGCCUCCAUUUUCCUACCAUCGAAAAGCUAUAUACGGCCCAUAUUUCGGAACUAGGGAUCGCUUCCAAGCAGGUCCUCGCAGUAAAUUGCGAUAGCGAGUUGGCAGAUGCAUUGACUUUGAUGUACAAUGAAGGUCUUACUAGCGUUGCCGUUGUUGAUAACGGCCUUAACGUGCUGAGCAACGUGCCCGGAGGCGCAGAAGUUCAAGCAGUUCUGUACGCCCCAGCAUCGACUCUAAUCGCCCCAGCAUAG